AUGGAAAAAGAGGCUUACGAUAUUCAACAGAUGAACCCGAGAAGUGCAGCGUUUAACAGUCCUCCUAUUACGCCUCUAACUAUUGAUCCAGUACCUUGGUCAGAUCCAUUUUCACCUAGAAUUCGUUCUUUACCCCCUCCUCCUUCUCUCUCCAAAUUUCAGUCAAUUACAAAUAGAAACCAACGCCUUCAUGAAGAAAACAACCGUUUUCAUGAAGAAAAUAAACGUUUUCAUGAAGAAAACCAACGUCUCAAAGAACAUGUUAAUUUGUUGUCUCAACGUGGAUGGAAUAAUGCCGGCAGCAGCAGUGACUUUAAUAUAAUUAAUUCAGUUCAGCUUGUAACAAAUAUUGCUAACCUUCGAGACACGCUAACGAAUUCACAAAUUUGGGCCGCAUUUCAAUUAUUCGACAAAUAUGAAUGUAGAAGAAGUAUCGAGUUCACGAAACUCUAUCACUCAGAGAUUGAUGUCUUCAACUCGAUCUCGUCGGCACCACUCGCUAAUGGGCUGGACUUCAGACAAAUCUUGAAAUUCGCUCUUCAACGUCUCAUCAUUGAAACGAUACUUGAGAAAACUCAACAUACAUUUAAACGAUUUCGGCAAUUCCGUUCUGGAACAGACGACCUCACUAAAACUCUUCCGGCGAAAAUUCGUCAACAGACAGCUGCCGUAUUAGGCACUCGAACAUUCAACAAGAAAUCUCAUCUGUUUAUCAAGCAUUUGACAAAGGAAUUAGUUGACUUGUUGAAUCAGCUUCGUACAAUUUCUAAUCAACAGAAACUCCAGGACAUUCAUCAAAUGAUACCACAACUUAUUCGUGAUGUUAUUCGUGUGCUUUUCUUUAAUUUGUCAGCGCAUGAACCAUCUCCGAAGGUGAAUUUUUACGGAGCUGAUGUACCUUGUGAUUCGGAGCUGAUGGAAGGUCGAAAUUUGUGCUUUCCCUAUUAUUGGUAA